UUUCCUCUGUUGCCCUCACUUUCUCUUUUCUUUCUAGUCUUUGUGUUCUGAUCUGGAAUCUCAGUCCUUUCAGGAGCUGUCCCAUGUGGUGCUGAUACCUUCCUCCUUCUGUCAGCACUCUGCUCCCAGCUGUUUGCAAUCGAGUGGGGGACUCUCAGCAGACUGGAUAGUGAUGGCACUGAAAGAUUCCUAUGGCAUUCUGAGACAUCUGCCAAAUCCCACCUAGAUGGAGAAUAACAUGAAAACUUAAAAAAAUCCUGGUUGUUACUGCUGUCAACUUUGACUUACAGACAUAUUCAGGAAAGUUAUGUUUGGGUAAUAUAAAUAAAGAAGCUCAGUGAGUGAGCAGGAGAUUUGUAAUGUUAAUUUUAUGGAUUAUAAAUGUGUAUUAUAUUAAUGAGACUGCUAUUCUCAAAUGGUACUGUGUUCACCAUGCCAAUUUUAAGAGUUCCAAGACCCAUUUGUAACUAUCAGUUACCAGUUUGGAAGUGUAUGUUCUAUUUCAGAACAUGAAAAUUGUCAUAAAUGGUCAAGGAUUUAUCUAGACCAGACCCUAUCACUCUAGCUGUGUUGAAUACAAAUGCAUCAAGAACUAAGGUGCACAACAUGAAAAUGAGAAGCUGAUUUGCCCUGAAGGUUUCAGAAUCAGUACCCCUCCUGUUGCUUCUUUCUUUCUGAACUGCUAGUCUACUUGUAGAUUUUAUCUUCGGUAGAAAUUGACAGUCUUUUUUAAAUCUUGUAGAGUCACCAAGACUGUUGUGGUAUUUACUUCUGCUUUGGUGUUUUCUGAAGUUCUGUUGAGUUUCAAUUUUGUGCUUUCCAGUUUCUUUGAGAGUGCAUAUGCUUUUAUACUGAGAGGACAAAUAGAAAUGCCUGAUCUGCUUCUCUAUCAGCAAAAAGGUUUGUCAGAGAACUGCAUUUAAAGUUGUGGCUUCUACAGAGCAUGGUACAAAUGAUACUACUGUGAAAAGGAAGUGAUUAAAUGAAAGCAGAAGAAAAUUCUUUGUCACAGCUCUUAGCCAAAAAAGGUGGAGCAUCAGCAGUUCUUCUUCGCUGGCCAAUUGAGCUAGUUUUAUAACUGGUACUACCUGUUUCAGAGUCAGACCUAGACCUUUGGUUCAGUGAGGUCAUGAGAUGUGCAGAAGGGAACUUUCCAAAGCUUCUAAAAUCCUUAAUAAACUUUAUUUUUUAAUAUUUUUUUUAAAAGGAAAAAUGAAAACACCUAUAUGAUUUUUUUUCAUGCAGCUUUGUGAAUGGCAGGUAUUUUCUCCUCUUCUGUCUCCCUCAUUUUCAAACCAUUAAGGUGAUCGCUGGGUAUCAUCUAGGUCCAAGGUGAAGUAACUCUUACAGAGAAGAAGCAGUUUAAACAUUUCUGAUUAGCUUUCUGACAUAUAAAAAUACUGAAGUUACAGACUUCUUUAAGUGUUUUGGGUUCAGAACACAAUAAUGCCAGGAAAAUUAAUCAUAGCAGAGAUACUCACCCAAAACCUUGUGUAUUCAAAAUAUGUGCAAGUUGAAGAGGAUUGUAGUGGAGAGCAGAAGUCUUACUACUUGUGGUGUUUUCUUAGGAAUUUUAAUGUUACUCAGGGGCAUGCUUCACCAGUCAGUACUUCAAGAGACAGAAAACUGUUAGCCUGUUUCCCCUGUCAGGAAGGAUAAUCACUUUGCCCAGGCUCUGGAUCGAGCUCUUCAGGGCUCAAUCAGUAGGAACUUCAUGUACUUUGUGUUACAACUGAAGGAGCAUGACUUACUGUGAUGUCCUUAUGCUUGGUGACUCAGUGUAGGAGCCUGGUUUUUCCUGUGGCUUUCCUUUCCCAUGAGCUUCCUUGCUAACUGUAAUUACAUUGUGUGUUUGUAGCUCAGCAGAAGAAUCAUCAGUGACAUAAUACUUCUCUAUGUGAAUCAAGUGAUUGGACUUCUACCACAAAAACUAAUGAUAAAUGUGUGGAUAUGCCUGUAGCCAAACAUAGGAAAGAGAUACUGUCCCUGAUAGAAAGCCAUUCAGUUUUGAUUGUACAAGGAGCAACUGGCAGUGGGAAGAGCACACAGAUUCCACAAUAUAUUUUGGACUCCUGCAUUCAGCAGUCUGUCUACUGCAACAUUGCUGUUACCCAGCCUCGGAAGAUUGGUGCCAGCAGCAUUGCCAAGUGGAUUAGCAAGAAAAGAUCAUGGACACUAGGUGGAUUAGUAGGAUACCAGGUAAGUUUAGAGACUGUUGCCACGAAGGAGACAAGGUUGCUGUACAUGACAACUGGAGUUCUUCUUCAGAAAGUAGUUAGAGCCAAAAGCCUGGCUGAAUUCACACACAUUUUUAUUGAUGAAGUGCACGAGCGUACAGAAGAAACAGAUUUCUUGCUCUUGGUGAUCCGUAAACUGUUGCAUACGAAUUCACAGUCUGUAAAGGUAAUACUGAUGUCUGCUUCCAUCAAUUGUGAAGAAUUUUUUUACUACUUUUCACUUCCAGUUCAUAAUGGUUUGAAUCCAGUUGGUAUAUUUCAGUUGGAAGGCAAACCUUAUGCAAUCGAAGAAUAUUAUCUUGAUGAUUUGAAGCACAUUGUUAAUAUCAAGCUUCCUUCUCAAAAGUUUGAGCAACCAGUGAUAGUAAGGGAAAUGUACGAAGUAGCAGUGGCUUUGAUUCAGUCAUUUGAUGAGCUGGAGAUGAAGAGCAAUAGGAAAGAAAAAAACUUCAGUGCUACAUCAGAACGUGGAAGUGUACUAGUGUUUUUACCAGGUUUGCAUGAAAUAACCUAUAUGCACUCAUGUCUCUCCAAUAUGCUUAACAAAAGGUGGCAAGUGUAUCCACUUCACUCACGUGUGACAUUAGAGGAGCAAAGUAAUGUAUUUUUGGACUCAGUUCCUGGCUACAGAAAAGUUAUUCUAUCUACAAACAUAGCUGAGAGCUCUGUAACUGUUCCUGAUGUCAAGUAUGUGAUAGAUUUCUGCUUAACUAGAACUUUGGUUUGUGAUGAAGAGACUAAUUAUCAAAGCUUGAGACUUCACUGGGCAUCUAAAACAAGCUGUAAACAAAGAAAAGGUCGUGCUGGACGUGUUUCCGAAGGGUAUUGUUAUAGGCUUGUACACAAGGACUUCUGGAAAAACCGUAUUCCAGAGCAGUCAGUGCCUGAGAUAGUGCGCUGUCCUUUGGGAGCUACAGUCUUAAAAAUAAAAAAACUAGGCAUGGGGGGACCAAAAGCCUUGUUGGCAACAGCUCUUUCGCCACCCAGUAUAGGUGACAUUGAACGUACCAUACUUCAGCUGAAAGAGCUGGGAGCACUUACAGCUCAUGUGCAGGAAGGAGAUGAUCCAUAUGAUGGUGAGCUGACCUUCUUAGGAAGGGUAUUGACACAGUUGCCAGUGGAUCUGCAUCUUGGAAAAUUGAUAGUCCUCGGGCACGUUUUCGGGUGCUUAGAAGAAUGCGUUAUUAUAGCUGCAGCACUCUCCUUGCGGAGUUUUUUUGGAGUACCUUUCCAACAGAAUGUUGAUGGAUACAGGAAUAAACUGGUUUUUGCUGGGAAUAAUAAGAGUGAUUGUAUUGCAAUUGUGAAUGCAUUUAAGGCAUGGCAGGCCUGCAAAGAAAAAGGGGAGCUGAGACAUCCAAAGGAAGAGCUUGAGUGGGGUCGAUCAAAUUCUGUUCACAUCAAGAGGGUCAGAGAGGUGGCAGAGUUAUUUAACAACUUGAAAAAGCGAAUCAGAGCAUUUAACAUGUAUGUUAAUGCUCAACCAUCUGCUAGAGAUCAAGAAUGUGUGUACAAACAACGUUUCAUUUUGCAGGUUGCAAUAGCUGGUGCUUUCUAUCCAAACUACUUUAGUUUUGGAAAAUGUCUUGUAGAAACUGCUGCGAGAAACCUUGCUGGCAAAGAUCCAAAUACCACUGUAAUGCUGAGGAAUAUUCCUCCCUAUGGAUAUCUAUACCAUAAACAGUUACAGUCUCUGUUUAGACAGUGUGGGCAGGUAAAAUCUAUUACCUAUGAUGGAAAAAAGGCUUUUGUGGAAUUCUCCCGUAACCCAAUGGAGGCCUUGAAGAUUCUUCCUGCAGUCUACUUGUCAGUGAAGAUGUCACAGCUGAAAAUUCCUCUUGAGCUGAACGUGCAUUCUACAAAUGAUAUUGAAGAGCAAUUGCAAGGUGUGACAGCUGCAAGUAUGGAAUCUCUAAGAGUAAAUGUGGACUGUCAGCAGCAAACAGUGGAACCUGUGGAAAUCUCAUUUGGUACUUUGCAAGAGUCAAAGAUGAUCCCAAAUUGUCUUCUGUCGAUCAAGGUAACAGAGAUAGUAGAAGUUGGACACUUCUGGGGUUACAGGACAGAUGAAAAAAACAGGACUGCACUUCAGGCUCUAACUGCUGAAAUUAACUACCAGAACCUGAUGGAUUUGCCAGUGUCUCCACGUCCAGAGUUGGUUUGUCUGGCUCCAUUCACUGAUAUGGAAAACAAAGGAUACUAUAGAGCUCGUAUUCUGUAUAUUUGUGGAGAUUUUGCAGAGGUUUUUUUUGUGGAUUAUGGAAAUAGAUCAAAAGUGCCUUUAAAGAAAUUAAAAGAGAUGCCAAGCUGUCUUCGAGAGAUUCCUUUCCAGGCUUUAGAAUUCAAGGUGUGCAAGAUGCGUCCAUCUGCAAAGUCUCUUGUAUGUGGGGAGCGGUGGAGUGACAGUGCAAGCCAGAGAUUUGCCUCCCUAGUAAAUGGCUACACCCUUCUGGUGAAGGUGUAUUCACUUGUGCACAGUGUUCUGCACGUGGAUGUUUUCCGUUACUCAAGGUGGAAAGAUCUCAUGAACAUUCGAGAUGUGCUCAUUGAAGAAUGUUACGCUGAACUAGCAGAAGAAUCGUACGAAUCCCAAAAAAGCCAUGAUGUACUCGAGGGAUUAUUUCUGGACCAAGUAAAGGAAGAGAAAAGAUCUACAUCUUCAAGAGAGGAAGAAAAGCAUCUCAUAGGAAGAUUGUUAAACUUGUUCUCUGAUAAUAAAUCUGGUGCACCAACUCACAAGGUAACACUUUCUGGCCCAUUCAGUCCUUACGAGGUGAAAUGCUACAGUAUGACUAGAGUGUCCCAGUUCAGAAACAUUGUCAUACAAAAUGACAGCAUAAACUCUGUUGUUGUCCACGGUGCUCCAGAAGAUCCCUUUCAGCAGUUGUUGGUUGCUGCUUCUUUAGCAGCAAAUGCAAAUGGAUCAGUUGUGCUUUUAGAUGAUACAUCUUUGCUGCCUCCUAUUCCUGGCCUGCUUGCACUCCUCAGCAUGCUGUUUGCUCCUGCUAUAGAACUCAGGGUUGAUAAAAGUGGAAAGUAUUUUACUGGUGUUCUGUGCGGUUUGGGUUGGAGUCAGACUUUUGGGGCUCCACUGCUUCCAGAAAAUGACAUGGAGCUGACAUUUGAUGUGCAUUUUGGAGUGGAAGACAUAUCAGAGAUAAACAUCUUAAGGACAGCCAUUAAUAAGCUACUCUGUGAAUGUGCAGUGAAUUCUGGACAAGAGAUAAUGACACAGCUGCAGGAAAAUGUUCGUCAGAAACUUCUAUGCUUAAUCUGCAAAUCAAAACCUCGAGAUAAAAUUGUUCCCACCUGGUAUGGGAAGCCAUAUGCAUGGAAUCAGGUGGAUUCUCAGCAUAUCAUUGACCAGUCAGAAGAGCAGCAUGAAAGAUCAGAAAAUGGUCUUUAUCAGCUACAUAAGCUUGUUGUGUUGAAUGUUUAAGCAUUUUUAGAAGCCUUUCAGAGGAAGAGGUAUUAUGAGUAGUCUAAAAAUUACUUUUGCCUUCUGUAUAACCCUUGGAUGUUUGUUUUGCUAGACUGUUCCUUAAAAUUAGUGUAAGCAUAACUAAAAUACAGUUUGGAAUAUGUUAAAGGUUUUUUUUUUAAAAAAGUUGAGGUUUGCUUACCUAGAGCAGGUAAGUUUAUUCAUGAAACAAACUGACUUAAAAAGAUGCAAUUUUCAUUUUAGUAAUACUUCUGAGCAGGUUUAUCAGAAGUUACAUGAAAGACAAAGCAACAAAAGUUGUUACUUUUCUGUCUAAAAGCUCGUAAGCCAUGGUCAUGAUCUUUGUCUUUAACUGCAAGUUGCAUUUUCCUGUUUUCUUUGUCAUUAGUUUUUCAAAAAGCCAUACAACAAAGGUCUUUGGGCUUUUUCUUAACCAAAAAAUAGAGGUCAAAAGAAAUCUGAUGAUCUAGAUUAUCUUCUGAUCCGAAAUACAGCUUCAUGUAGGGGAUACAGUUUUUUUUCAUGCAGCAUUUCAUGUUUAAUUUUUCACAGCAAAAUGUAAUACAUUCUUUGUUUUCCUGUAUGGCAGAAGAGUGCUUUUGAAUUACAGAUUUGUGGCACCUUUGUUUCAUCCUUUCCUCUUACUUUUAUCCAUGAGCUCUUUAGUCCUUAAAAUGAGGUCAGUGGUUUCAGAAUAAAACACAUUAAGUGAAAUAAAAUGUAUUUGUCUCUUCUGUUGUGCAGUCAUGCUUAAUAAAAGCUAA